UAUAGCUCUAAAUAAUGAAUAAAUUUUUUGUUUUAAUCAUUGUAUUUGCUUUGAGUUUUGGAUCGAACAAUGCAAGCAAACUAUUUCCUAAAAACAAAGUAAUUAUCAAGAAUUCUCUCAACAGGAGUGAUGAUAUUCUCACGAUUCAUUGUAUAUCUGAUCAAGACGAUCUUGGUAUUCACUUAGUACGUCGUUCAGACUUAUAUAUCUUUAAAUUUGGGGAUAAUUUUUUUGGUGGGACUAAGUUUGACUGCAAACUAUCGCAUGGAGUGGGUUUUAAAUCUUCUGUUACUUUUACUGCUUACAAAGAAGAUCCUUAUUUUUACAUUAAAUUUGGUGAUUUUACGUUUUGGGAUGCUAGAGAAGAUGGAAUCUAUCUCUCAAAUGAGUAUUAUCAUGAAAAGUUUAUGUAUAGUUGGUAAAAUCUUAGUCUCAAAGCCAUAUUGUCUUUUAUAUUUGAUGUUAAUGAAUUUAAUGA